AUGGUCUCUAUCUCCAGAACUAUCCGCCGUUUCACGGCCACCGUUUGUGCUUCUACAGCCACUCCAACCAUCACCAGCCCCAACAUUCCAGUGCCUAUUGAAGGGUCAAUUGGAAUGCACCCAUCAACUCAGGGAACCACGGUACAAGUGGCCACUAACGUGACCUCCACCAGCAUAGAGAAGACCACAAAGGUCAAGUCCCACCGUUUCAGAGAAUUCAGACACUGCAAGAAGAUUGUCACUAAAGCCAGAAAACUUAAGCUGAAGAUUAAAAAGACCUUCAGAGUCUUGAGAGGUGCUGGUAUUGUGAGCGACAGUAUUGAUGUUUGCGUUGCUGGCACAGUCAACCAUUGUGGUAACAGCCAAUCCUCCCCAAGAGAUACUGGCGAUUUCUUUUACGACGCUGACGUCUACAAUUGUUCAAAGGCUUUGUAUGACAGUCCAGUUGGAGACGCUGUUUCCUCAAAUAGGAUUCUGGCGCUCUCUCUCAUUAUGACCAAUGUGACUGCUCAGACUUCUGUGGCCGCUUUUGAAUUCCAAAACCACCAGAAGAUCAUUGCAGACUUCUUCAAUAAAGAAAUCUACAAUGAUUAUGACGAAAAGGUCACUUCUGUUACUUCUACACUCAACCAAUUUUCUCCUCUCUUUUUCAAGAGAUUAAUGUACUUUUUUGGAAGGUUGCAGGAGUACUAUCCAACUUACCUUACUUCUGAGAUUAAGUUGGCAUGUGUUGGAGAGUAUCAUAUUUCUAGAGGCAAGUGGAAGCCAAUUACUGUUGAGAUGCCUAAUGCUGUUGAGAUGCCUGUUGAGGUACCAAAGAUCGUUGAGGUUCCAAAGGUUGCUGAGGUUGAGGGUUUUGUGGCAGUUAGCGAAGAGGUACCAGUUCGUGAUGUCGACUGGUUGGCUCCUGUUAAGGAGGAAGAAGAUGAAGGGGACUCUUCUAACGAGGAUAUUGACUCAAUUGAUUUGAGUCAAUUCUAUGCACUGGAUAGUCUGGAAGAGGAAGUCGAAAAAGAGGAGGAAGAAGAGGAGGAAGAGGAGGAAUUCUUGGACUUCAUUAUCGACGCUUUGAGAACCUUCCCUGAUUACAGGAAGUACAAUGUUGCAAACGGAACUCAGAUGAAACUCAAGGAGACAGAAAAAGUCUCUGUGGUUGAGUUUUCUGAUUUCGAUCAGUUGGUGAAGUUUCACUCAGAUGAAACUCCUCUGGCACUCUCGCCUAUGACCGAUUCUGAAUCGGACGAGUUAAGACCUCUCAAGAGUUGUCUCAAGAGAAUUGAGACCCUGUUUCCCGAGAUUGAAGAUGUCGAUCCUAAUGCAGUGCAAAUGGGUGAUGCUUGGUUUGAGGAUGUUUGUGCUCGUUUUGUUGAAGCCACAAACAUUAGGGGUACUUCCCACCCAGAAGAUGACGAGUACUGGGAAGAUUUGGAGACCUUCAUGGCGGUGUCACAAAUGACAUUCUUAAAGCUUGGUGUUGGAAUUAAUGAGAUGAAGGUCUGUGGUGUUAAGGAAUUUAUGGCACACUGCGAAUGGACGGUGAAGCUUUCUUGCAAUGUCUUCUACUCUUAUCUUGCAAUGGCAAAUAGAUAUGAGGUUGUGUUGGAUGCCUUCCGCCAUGUCAACGAUUUGUGGUCGUUGAACAAUGUACGGAAUUCUCUUCUUGCCGAGAGAAAGCAUUACAAUACUUUGAAGGAGGAGCUUAACUUAGCCAUUGGAAACUCAAAGUUCUUGGCCAAUGACUUAUGCAACACGCUCGACGACUAUGCCGACGACUCACGGACUUGUGUCAGUACUGUCAAAACAGUGGUGCGGGAGUUUGAGAAGGUGUUCAAUAGGAAAUUAGUUCCUGGCUUCUCCAACUUCUCCGUAGAUCAACUUAAGGAGAUGUGUGGAAAGACUGACUUUGAUGCUGAGUUUGGUCAGUACGUAAACGAAUACCUCUUUGAGGCACGUUCAAUGAUGAAGUGCCAUAUCAAUGAGGUCGGCGAAGGUGCUAAGGUUUUGGAGCUCUUGGAUGCUAGUUUGGAGAGAGCCUUGACAAACUUAUACCUAGAUGUUGAAGAAGAAUGGCAUGUACAUCACAGCCGGAUUGUGGUACCUGGUAGAAGAAAGUGGACUUAG